AUGAGAAUUAUUCAAUUAAAUAGUAUGCUUGAAAGUAUGUUACCAACAACUAUUGAUUCACCACAACAUAAAAGAAUAUUUCGAAUGAAAGAUAAUUGGGAAGAUGAUUCUUCGUUAUCUAUUAUUUAUCGUACAUACAAAACUAAUGAAAAUUAUAUCAAAUUAAGAAAAAUAAAACGAAUACAUUUAGAAUUGAUCAAAUGUGCACAAGUAUUAAACGAUAUUUAUGGAUUACAAAUAUUAAUAUCAAUAACUUCAUCUGUGCUAUUUCUCAUAACUAUGUCAUAUAUUUGUGCAAUAAAUAACGUCUGCGAGACUACAAUUACAGAAUAUGCCGCGAAUACUGGAGACAUACUUUGCGAAUUGUACGAACCUGCGGCAAGUAAAAAAUUUCGUGACGAAAUACUUGAUUUUAUAUUUCAACUUGUCAAUAAUCGUUUGACCUUUACCGCUUGCAAAUUUUACAAUUUGGAUCAUACAUUUAUAUACAGAGCAAUUGGUUCGAUUACAACAUAUCUUAUUAUUCUUAUUCAAGUUGGUGAGAAACCUAAGAUUAGUUUUAAAAACAAAAAUAAUAAUUCAACGUUGUGA